UUAAUUUUCUCUCUCCUACUUUGUAGUAGUUCUCUGUUCUGGUUCUCUUGUUCUAACAUUCUUUAUCAAUAUUUUCAUAAUAAUAUUCGUAUUWGUAUUAUCUACAGACUACAGAGUUGUCAGAGUUCAGUAGUUAAUAGUUAUUACAGGUAUUAAUUUUUUGUAGACUUUUUUUCAAAUUAUGUUUUACAACAAACGUAGUUGACCAAUGUCAGACGUAGUGUUACGGCUAAAAUGCCGUUCGGGAACGUUCCCAAUGACAAUUCCUUUGAAUUGUCCAAUAUCUAGUUUGAAAGAGCAGGUGUCAGUGCUGAGUGAAAUACCAGUGGCUAGCAUUAAAUUGUUAUUUGGCUUUCCGCCCAAGUCCAUACAAAAAUUAGAAGGUACUGUUGAAGAUGCUGGUCUCAAGUCAGGCGAUACAAUUAUAGCUGAGGUUGAUUCAACUAGUGCUAGUGCCCAACACCUCAAAGUAGAAACUGAGAGUAAUAUUCUAAAGCAUGUCACAGAACAAGAGGUAGGAGAUGAAGUGCCGUUGAUUUUGCGUAAAGUUGUACCCGCUGAUAAUUCUUGUUUGUUCACCAGUAUGGGAUUUGUAUUGGGAGGUAAAAUUGAUUUGGGUAGUGGCAACUAUAUGCGUGAGAUAAUAGCUAAUGCAGUAAAAGAUAAUCAACUAGAAUUUAGUGAAGCUGUACUUGGAAAACCAAAUGAAGAUUAUUGUGAAUGGAUACGGAAUCCAAAUUCAUGGGGUGGUGCUAUUGAGGUGUCUAUAUUGUCUAACUUCUAUGGUAUAGAAAUUGCCGUAAUCGAUACUCAAAGUGGUUCUAUUAGUAAAUUUGGUGAAGAUAAAGACUAUCCUCACCGAGUAUUCCUUAUUUAUGAUGGUAUUCAUUAUGACCCUUUAUACUUGGAAUCGCCGUUUUCUCCUGGAGAAAUUCAAACAUUAUUCCCAACAAAUGAUGAUCGCAUGUUAGAUGCUGCUCAGAUGUUAGCUAAUGAAGCUAAAUCUAGUAGACAAUAUACAGAUGUAAAACGAUUUACACUUAAGUGCUUAGAUUGUGGUUGUAUUAUGAUUGGACAAACACAAGCUCAGGAACAUGCCAAAUUAACUGCUCAUAACAAUUUUAAUGAAUACUAAUAUCCAUAACUUAACAUGCAAAAUUUAAAAGAAUUUAGUUGUUUUUGUCAUUAAAUAAACUUUAGUUUUUACCUUAUUAGUUAUUACUCACUAUAUUUUGGUUUGGUAAUAUUUUUUAUGGUACGCGAGGUGAAAAGUGAGCCGUGAUUGAUGCGCGCCAAGUGGCCGUUUUUCAUCAGGGCUAAUGUAACAUUAACUGACACCAUGUAAAAUGACCGCUUGGCGCGCGUCGAUCGCGGCUCACUUUUYGCCUCGUGUACUAUAGUACUAAAGUAAUACAAUGUUAAUAAAUUAUAUUAAAAUUAAAUGUAUUAUAUCUUAUAUWCAUAUAUCAUGUUGGGGUAGUAUAAACAUCAAUACCCCUAAACACAACUUUUUGGGAGAAAGGUGAAGCAAUCAGAAUUGAUUAAACCUCACUCAGAUUUUUUGAAAAACUGUGUAUAAUUUAUUAUUGUAAGCUUUUUUUUUCUAUAAAAUUUAAAAAACAU